AUGGUUAAACUGCAGGAGGCGCGAGAGAGACAUCACGGUGGGUCCGGUGGGUCGGAGGACCAAGGGUGGACCGGCUGCGGUGUGGACCAAGGUCACUGCCACCCUGGCUUUGCCCUGGAGCCCAUGGAGCUGAGCCCUGACACCAGCCACAAGGAGAAUGUGCCCCCCAGGCUGGCCACCCCCCUGAGGCCAGAGCAAUGGAGACUCCGGAAAAGCCUGGCCAGUAGACAUGGCCAGUGGGUGCCCGUGGGCCAGGCCGAGAGCAGGGGGGCUGCCACCACACCAUCCCCUGGGGCAGCGCUGUGCCAGGAGCCCUGCCAAGUCCAGAGCAACCUGACCAGCCCCAGCCUGGGCCUCGUCCUGAGGGACACGACUGGCCAGCUGACCAACUCAAGCUUCCGACAGCAGAUCAACUUGCAGCCCCUGGCCGGGAGGCCCCAAAGAAGAGCCCAGGCGUUUGCCAUCCAGCAGAGCAACCUGAGCGUCAGGGAGACCAGAGUGACUGAGUGGGGACGUCGCCUCUGGUUGGGGGAUCAGGAAAGCUUCUGGCCGCACAGGAUGCCCGAGGGAAGCCCCCUACCCCGAGGGCCACUUUCUUCCCCAGCCUCCCACCCAAGGUGUUCCUGGCUGCUGUCCACCAAUACCCCCUGCCCAGACAUUGGGCCUGCUGCAGGCCUGGGCCCACUCGAAGGGCACACACGGCCGGACCCCAGAUCCCAGUGUGGCCUGGGGGGCUGGACCUCCAGGCUCGUGGGGGAACACUUCACCCUAGAGGACCUGGCUGUCCCUGCCCAGAGCCGGACUUGGGCUCCGUCCCAACCUGCCAUUCACCAGCUGCUGGCCUCCGUGCAAUGCCUGGAGCGUGAGGCGGUCCAUCUCAGGUGCCAGGCAUCCCGGGAACCCCCAGGCCCUGUGCGGCAGGAGCCCUGGACCAGAGCUGGACAGAUACUCCCUGCUCACCCCCAGCCCAGCCAGCCUGUUCUUGCUUCCUGGGAUGAGAGGAGGAAACAUUCCCAAGGUUUCAGGGAAACUGCAGGUUUCCCAGAAGCACCGGGGGUCCAGGAUGGUCUCUCAGACUCGCAGGCAAGCAAUAAGCCUGCAUCACUGGACACUACUUUGGAGAUGCUGCCCAGGGUUGCCCUUGACCCUGAGCAAGGGGUCCUUCCUGCCCACCCUGUAAGACAAGGCGAGAAGUGCUCCCCAGGGACUACAUACGGCAGGGGACAGAGGGAGGACCCCCUGCCCCCUCAAGGGGCGGGCAGCAGGGAGGCCAGGCUCUGCUCUUCAGCCUCGUCCAGUUCAGCCCGGGGCAUCCUCCCUGGGCGGGAAGGAGGGGACAGGACCCCACGGGAGCAGGUCGGCAGGGAAGAAGAGAGGCCGGCUUCCGCGUGGAGCAUCACCCUCCAUGCUGGAACGGUGACGUGGGUGCUGCUGAGCCCCCAGCUCUCCCUGGGACUGGGGACCAGGCCCAUCUCCUGGUCAGCCUGGUCUGUCCCCAGCCGGCAGUGGCCAUCCAGAUGUUUCAGAGCGUGGUGGCACUGGGUGCAAAUGCGGUGGGCAGUGGCAGCAGCCAUGGCGCUGGGCUGCCGGUAGCUGUCGCACAGGGUUCUACGGGCGCCGCGGUGGACACUGCGGCUCCAGGAGGCCCAGCUGGAGGCGGCAUGGGGACGACACAUGCAGGCCUUGCUGGCUCGGACCUUCCAAAAGUGGAGAAACUUGAUUCAGCAGCAGAAACAAGGGCGGCUUCACAUCCAGGCUGGGCCAGGACCCCCAUCCUCCGGGGGAGAUGGAGGAGACAGGGGAGUCCAGAUCCUGCAGGCUCUGCAACAGGUCGUCUUCCUCCUGUGGUGCCAUCAGAAGGAAUGGGCCAGGCAGGAGAAGGGGGUCCAGGGAGAGGCCUCCAGGGCCAUGCUGAGGACUAGAGAAUGGAGAGGCCCCCCCGACCAGGCCUGGUGCUCUCCUGUUGCAGAUGCAGCCUGGGUGUCCCCACUGGACACCCAGUGCCAGAGGGCCUGGCUCUGCAGGUGCUUUGGGGCCUGGCAGUUGUUCGUGCAAAAAGGGACCCGGUACCGGGACCACAUGGCCAACCGCCGGGCAGGGACCCUGAGGAUGUGCCUGCAGCAGUGGGUGCAGAUGAAGCAGCUCCAGGCCUCAGAUGGGGUGAAGGUGACCCAGCUGUCCCUUUGUUGGCGGGAGGCAGCCCACGGCCUGUGGGGGGGGGGGGUGGCCCAGGCCCAGGCGCUGCCCCGGGAACAAGGCCGGGGCUCCCUGCAGGAAGCCGGCCGGAGGCUGGCCCUCCACCGGGCACUACUGCUCUGGAGGACGCAGCUCUCCCAGCGCCAGUGGGCGGAGAAGGUGUCCAAUCUGGACCCACCUCUCACCCAUCUCCUGGCUAAGUGGGAGCCCCCUGGUGGCGGGAACCGUGUCUAUCUCCUCACCACUGUCUCCCAGCGUCUUGCAGAUGCCCAGGCUGCUGAAGGAAGCAUCCUCCUUGGCUGGAGCCACUGGGCCACAGCCCAGGGGGCCAGGAGAGAGCUGGCUGCCCGCCGGGCCUGGGAUCAGAGCUGCAGAGCCGCGCUGGGCCUGUGGCGGCAGCAGCUGGUGCAGCAGCAGGAGACGGAACAGUGGGCCCGGGUGGGGUGGGGACAGCAGCGACGUGCACUGGGCCACUGGCACUGCUGCUGGCAGAGACAGCAGCUCCUGCGUGAAAAGUACCAGCGGUGUGUGCGGGCCCGCCUCCAGGGCCUGCGCAGGGCCGUGUUCUGGGGCUGGCAGGAGGCUGCAGCUCGUCAGAGACCCACGGCGGCCGGUCCAGAGCAGCUCCUACUGCGGAGCCACUUCCAGGCCUGGUGUGGAGUAGUGAGAGACACAGGGAUGCCCCGGGCCAAGGGUCCAGCCUUCCAGGAUGGCCUGAGGAGAUGGGCACCAGGGGCCACAUUUGCCAGUGAAGCCCCAGAAGCUGCAGCCCGGGCUCAGGAGCAGUGCGUGGCCCAGGCCUCCUUCUCCUGCUGGAGAAGCCAAGAACAAGGACACCAGGUGGACAGCAAGCUGAGGAGGGCCCGGGCCCAGCAGGCCUUCGUUGUAAGGCAAGCGGCCCCGGGCCAGUGCUGUGAGGCCCGCCAGCAGGCAGGAGAGAGAACCCAGGCCCAGGCCCUGUGCUGGAUGCUGUGGGCACGCCCGCAGCUGCAGGCCACAGGCCACGGCCUGCCCAGCCCAACCAAGCACCACAGCCCCAGUGGACAGAGGAAGCCGAGAGAAACGUCCCGGACUCAGAGUGACAGAGAGCCUCCCCUCUGCCCCGCCUCCCAGCUCCAGCUGCAGGGGCCCAGGGCCAGUGACCUACGGGGUCAGAAGGGGACUGCAGCUCUGAGACCAAAGACCUCGAGGGCAAAGGAGGAAGUACCUGCAGCGCGGGCGCCUUGAGGCACUGCUUCGCCGGCACCGGGGUUCCCUGCAGGCCGCCCAGGCAGCUGCAUGGCAGCGCUGGGUAGAUGCUCAGGGGACGGAACGGCUGGCACCGACGCUGCUCAGGCAGUGGCAGCUGAGGCGGGCCUGGUGACGGUGGGCCCUGCGGCUGCAGGCGUCUCAGCGAUUACAGCAACAAGAAAACCGCUGGGUCCAUUCCCAGGGGAGGGGAGGGAGCCAAAGAGCUUCCAGGCCUUUGAAACAUGGCACCAGCGUCUGGCAGCCAGGGCCCUGAGGGGCAGAGCCAGCAGCAGUGGGAGGCCUCGGAGCAGGCAGGAAGCCGCCAGAGCCCCUGUGCUUGGCGGACUUGGGGUGAAGCAGGGGGCCCAGCAGCAGCUGUGA